AUGAAACGUUUGUGUCCUAAUGUUGCUCAAAAACCCCGCAUUUUACAGGAAAAUCUAAGAAUUUUGAGACGUAUUCCAAUGUCCAUUGGUGGUACAGGGCUUUGUAAGACAACAAAGAAAGAUGUAUCAUCUAGCCAGGAAAACCCUUCAGAAGACGAUGUACUUGAAGAUCACUCUGUAUGGAUGUGUUUACAGUGUGGCCACUUGGGCUGUGGUCGGUUCUCUGAGAACAAACAUGCCCUACAUCAUUAUCAGACUCCUCACUCAGAUUCACAUUGUGUUGUUGUGAACACAACCAAUUGGGGUGUGUGGUGUUAUGAGUGUGAUGAUGAAGUGGAAGCUAACACUGUCCGUAGAUUAGAGGAUUGUGUGGACUUUCUAAGGAAGCACGUUGGUCUAAGCAAAACAAAGUCCUCACCUUCUGUAUCUUCAGGUAUUUUAUUGUUUUUAUGUUAAUGGAGAACUU